UUACAUCGACUACCUUCAAUUAUAAACAAGAUUGCAAUUUUUAUAAUCUGUAAUUCUGUAAGAAAACAUAAUACAUAUUUUAUGAGUUAACACCAGUUUACGGUCUAUGAAAAGUUCAAUGAUUGUGGUAACGGUUUUCAGUGAAGAUUGAAGAUAAUCCCAACGGUAAAGAUUGGUACUACCUGUAAAUAGCCGAAAUUGAAUCACAGUAAUGCCUUGCGUGGUACCAACCUGUGGAACGUCCGAGGGCAGCUUUAUGCUGUUCCCACGGGACGAAUCGCUUUCGGAGCGCUGGUUCGACGCGAUUCAGGUGGGAUGCGGCAUCCUGAUGGAACUGGCUGAAGGACGUGACUUGAGCCAGACCGAGAUCUGUUUGAGGCACUUUGAGGAGGUCGAGACGUUGGCGUGCGACGAUGACUACCGGUAUCGGGAGCCUAGGUUGUUUGUCAAUGGCAAUAAGGAACCCGUGGAAAUUGUAAGCUGCCGGAUGUGCUUGCAAUUCUACCCGCUCUACUGCCUGGUCUCGGUGGAAGGAAAUCUUGCCGGCAACGAUAUAAAGCUGAGCAUUUACGAAGCCUUGAGCAUCGCCAUUGGCGAGGAAGAUUUUCUGAAACACAUUUGCAUCGAGUGUCUGGCGCGGUUGGAAAUGCUGAUUGCUAUUCAGCGGGAUUUUUCCCAAGCGGAUGUGGAGUUUCAAGAGUUGCUCAAAAGUGCGAGGGAUACUACAUUCGAUAUCCAUAGUAUAGUAAAAUUGGAGCACCCGUCGGUGGAUGCAUUCAUAGAGGAAGAACGUGCCGAGUCUAGUCCAGAGCCGGAAUAUGAAAUUGUCGAGGAAGUUACCGGUGAUGACUACGUUGUUGAGGAUACCACCGCCAAAGUCACGAUCAGAGAAAUAAAAAGAAGGGAUCAGUGUGUGGUCAAGGUUAAGAAGAAACGGGGAGCGAUAGAGUCCAAUCUGGUUGAUAUCAUUAGACGGAAAUGUUACAUUUGUUCAACGGUUCUAGAAGAUGCCAACGAACUAUCUUUGCACUUAACAAAUAUUCAUGCGACCAAGACUGACUAUCGCUGUGAAGAAUGUUCGCUAGAUUUUCCUCUGUUGGCGACUUACAACAGACAUCUGUCUCGCCAUGACAAAUCAGAAAGACCGCACAAAUGUAAUCACUGCCCUAUCCAUUUCAAAUCGAUCAUUCAGCUCAAAUCGCACGAGAACAAACUUCACGGCACUGAGCAUGACGUGAAAUGCAGUGCUGAAGCACCCAAAAAAAUUGUAUGUGAGACCUGCGGGAAAACAUUCCAAUACAAACACAAACUAAAAGCCCACAUACGCCUGGUACACAUGGAUAACACACAACCCGUUUGUAAUAUUUGUGAUAAACGCUUCACUGCGAAAUCUAGUCUCGAAAGGCAUAUGCUGCUCCACACGAACGAAAAUCCGCACAUCUGUACAACAUGCGGCAGGUCGUUCCGGCGAGCCCUCCUCCUCCGGUACCACAUGGAAAUGGAACAUGAAGGCAGAAACCCCCACGUGUGCGGUGAAUGCAAGGAGGAGUUCAAAAACUACCACCAACUUUACAACCACAAGCAGAUCGUGCACUUGAAGAAGACCAACGUAGGAGGCACCAAACAGCGGAUGUACCACCUUGCUUGCAAACUUUGCAAGACAAAUCACGCCAAAACUUCCGACCUGGAGCGGCACAUCAAAGUGGACCACCCCAACGACACCUACCCAUACGCACAGUGUCUCAGCUGUCCGCGCACCUUUCUCUCGAAGGCGCACCUGGACCACCACAAGGGCAUCCACACCGACAAGUACGCCUGCAAAGAGUGCGGGAAACGGCACACAACCAUUCAAACGCUGCAAACCCACAUGGAGAAUACGCACUCGGACGUCCGACGGUACGACUGUACGGUUUGCAUAAACAAAUCGUACAAAACGGCGGUCUCACUGCGACAGCACAUGGCCACGCAUACGCACGGCAAGAAGCACGUGUGUGAGUUUUGCCACAAGGGUUUUGUGAGGAAGGAUCAGAUGGUGAUCCAUCGCAGGAUUCACACCGGUGAGAAACCUUUCCAAUGUCUCAACUGCUCAAAACGGUUUAGUGAUGAUGCGACGUUUUCCAAACACAAGAAACGCUGUCUGGAGCACGUGUUCAAAGCGAAUGAAGAUAAUGUUGACGACUUGCUAAAUUUUGAUUUUGUCUAAGUAAAUAAUAUGUGUAGUGUACGUUCUAUUAAUUGAAGAUGGUGUUCAUUUAGAUCGUGUGUAGCCGGUAAUAUAUUAUUGCUAUGGCUAUGGUUCCAUAAAGCGUAUCGUUCGUUCCAAGAACAAAAUUUAUUUUGUUUGGUGUUAUUGUUCGCGCUAGCAAAAUCUAAUUGAAGUACGAUUAGAAUAAAUAAUAAGGAUGACAAAAAUUUAAAAUUUGAGAUGAUCAAUGAAACUCUCACAUGAAGGAUUAUUAUUAUUAUUAUUAUCGUAUUUAUUAGAUAUAAAUAAAGAAAUAAUAAAUCAAAA